UAGUUCUACGUACAGUUUUGGAUAUUAUGUUAAGGGUACAGUAUAAUAAAUGACUAAACGAAUGAUCAGAACCUGGCAUAAAAACCUCUGCUACACCAUUUCCUUCUUCAGUCAGAUUGUCCGUUGGUGUUGCGGGCGCGCGCGCUUUUUCCCCGUGACCAAACAGGUCCGCCAUUUUGUGGUGGGGGAGGGGAGCAGAGGUGGAGGGGAGGGUGGGGGAAGGGUGAGCUAGAAAACAAGAUGGCCGCCGGUCGCUUGAAGCGAAUGGCUUCCCCGGCUGUGAGUGAAAGCACUAGCGAAGCGCGGCAGCAGCACCACGGACUCAACUUGGCGGUGUCGUCAUCAUCACUGCCGCCGCUAUCGUCGUCGUCUUCUUCACCAGCGUCCUCGCCGCCCUCGUCCUCACCGCUUUCAUCUGCGGCCUCUAACGGCACUUUAGACGAAGGUGAAGGAGAGGAAAAUAAUAAAAAUAAGAAACUCGCCGGCCCUUUAUAUUUUUCUGUCGACCGUAUGGACUCUCUGUUUUUGGCCCGGCCGACUAGAGUGCGGCGUUGCCCCGAGACCGAGCCUUUUUACCACGGCGACGGUGAGAGGUGCGCUGUGGCCGUUCAGGGAGGAGCGAAAGAGCCCGAGACAAAAACUUAUAACCACCACAACCAUCACAAUCACCGCCACCAUUCUCCUCACCGGCGGCGCCAUCGCCACCACCAGGCCGGUGAGUUGCAACAGAGGCGGGUGAGUUGUACGGAAGCCCCUGGCCUCGGCCUAAAUAGGGGGGACUCGCGGCUUCACGGCAAGUGUCAGGACGGAAUGAAUUCUGAUGGAUUUUUCUGUGCCACGGGCGACGAGAAAGAGAUGGGUAAAGUUACGGGAUCGAGCGCCACCGGCAACGGCUUGAUGAAAGAAACGCCUUGUCUCAGCUGUGACUCUGGCCUGGUGAAUGGCAACAACAAAGCGGUGGGCGGCUGUGGCGUCCAGCGGAGCAACGGCGCCAUCUCGUUAAAUUCGGCCUCGCCUGGAAAGGGGAACUCUGAUAAAAGCCGCUGGCAUCGGCUGCAAACAAGUACCAACACCUCUGCCUCUGAUUUUGGCCUGCUGUUGAAAGGCAGCAGUAAAAUCCCCAACCUCGAGUAUGGAUGUGGAGCGGAUCUCCAUAGCUUCAACCCGGUGGGAGUUUUGUUCAAACCUCACUGCGGUGAAAUAAAUCUAAAUUGUCUGGGGACUGAGAACGAAAACACAAAAAAACAUUCUCCCGAGAGCACCAGCACAAACAGUAAUACCAUUAGCCAUCAUAACAGUCUCAGCAUUGUUAGCAGUCAGAAUAAUAUUAGUGUUAGCCAGGAUGAGGUGAGUGCUCAGAGUUUAUUAGUUGCCAGUAAACAAGCUGAGAUCAGGAGCAGGGCUCAUCGACUCUGCAAGCGUUUGCAGGUUGUGCAAGCUAAGCAGGUGGAGCGCCAUGCCCAGCAGCAGCUGGCAGGUUUGGUGGGACACAGUCUAAAGCAGUUUUCUUCCUCUUUCACCGAAAGUCUUAUUAAUAACUGUAGUAGCACUAAUAAUAAACACACAAGCACUUUGCAUGGGAACAGCAACCUGCAGGUUGGACCUUUACUGCUGAGGAGUAAUCUUCCAAGGACGAAUCCAGAAGGAGGUGCUGAUGGUGGUAUUCAUUCCAGUCCCAGUUCCUCCCUCAAAUUUGGGGAGAGCAAUAAAUGUUUAUUAUCAUCACUGAAUGGGGAUACUUUCUCUGGUUUUGUGAAAGAUCGAGCUAUUUCUGAGGAUCUACUAAAAUUAGUGUCCAGUGUGACUGCAAAACUCAGAACUUCUGAGCGGGCAUUUGAUUCUGAUGCCACAGAAAGCAGCUCAGGGGGUGAGACUGAUUUGGAAGAGGAUGGUACAAGUGGUGCAAAAUUGGAGUAUCGGCAUGCGAUUCUACACCGUCGCUUAGAGUGGAGAUGGGCUGUGGAAAGGGCAGCGAUUGUCAACCGCUGGACAUGGUUGCAAGCUCAGGUGUCUGACCUGGAAUACCGAAUACGGCAGCAGACAGACAUAUACAGACAGAUCCGUGCAAACAAGGGUCCUGUUGUCCUUGGUGAUGCUCAAUUGCCAGAAGAUCUGAUGAAGCACCAGUGCCGGUUAGUAACGACAUCCUCAGCAACAGGCUUGCAGGGCCCAGAGACUCACUCCAGCUCCUCAUCUGCUGAUCUGAAGGUCCCUAUUAUGAAUAACAAAUGUGAACUUUCACCAUGCAGCCCAUCCCUUCUCCUGCGGAACGUUGAUAAACAGAGUUCUCGCCUUACACAGUCUCUGGGAAACCUCAUUUGCCCUUCCAGCCCUUCUUGUAGCUCCCCUUCAAGUUCUUCACUACUGUCUAAAGUGUGCACACCACCAAAGCAACUCAACGGGCUGUUGAACAGUUUGCAUUCUAGUCCUUUGGAUAAUAGCUCACUGGACAGUUCAGACACGGAGGAGAUUCUGAGUAAAAAGCAACGACUAGAUGGACUCAACAUCCCUCCAUCACCACCAGACAACAGUUGUGUUGCUGCCAGAGUUCGUCCUGUCCGGAGGUACAGGAAGAGGAGGCUGGUCCGAUCUAAUCUAGCGUGUUAUCUUGGUAGAAAGGCCCAACGUCCCCUAAGCAUUAAGUGUAGCUGUGACUGGCCCACUGCAUGUAUUUUAUGUGGUUCUAAAACCUUGAUGCAGACUAUGGAUCAGACCAGUAUGCCUCCGCAGGAACGUGUGGCGAUAAUGGAACCCUGCUACCACCCCAUAUUGUCACUUCCACAAGAUACACCUCUUCAUGUGCACUUUGAAGGUUUACUCAAAGAGGAAGAACAUCAAAAACAGCCACAGAAAUUCAAGUCUUUGAGGUUGUUGUCCCAAGUGAAGCAGAGACCCCAAGAUUCUGCAAAGAAAGUCUGUCAAAAGCUUGCCUCUUCCCUCCUCUCAUCAGCCAAAUAUGUGCAAAGCGGAAAUGCAUCGGAAAAGAUCUUCAAAAGGCGACUAGAUCACUGGCAGCCAACUUCAAAAUCAGAUGUUGAUCCUCUCACUGAAAAACUCAGCACACAGAUAAAGAAGCAAAGAGCACCUGUGCACUUAGCCUUCAGUAAGCGACACAAAGCAGCUUCAAGUUCAUACCCUCCAUUGCUGAAUCCACAGACUCCAAAACCAAGUUCAGUGGUACACCAGUUGCCUUCAUAUACAGAUACUCCUCCUUCAGCUGUGCACAACCAGCCUGCAACGUCCAACACUUCCACGCCAUCUGCACGACGGAGAAGAGGUGAAAGUUCAUUUGACAUAAACAACAUUGUUAUUCCCAUGUCAAUGGCUGCAGCAGCUCGAGUGGAAAAACUUCAGUAUAAGGAGAUCCUAACACCAAGUUGGCGAAUUGCAGAUAUCGAACAGUCCAAGCAGCAGAAUGGCAAGUUGGAGGAUGACCAGUAUGAGGAGAUGUCUGAUGAAGCCUUUCUUAGUCGUCAUUCCAAAUGUGAGGAAAUGGAACGUUCUAGAUGGUGCUUAUGGUCAUCAUCCAGCUCUGCAAGGCGAGGAAGCAGAUCUUCAAAUAAAGCUGAUGGCAGAUCCACCCCACAACCACAGCAAACAAACGUUCAGCCUGCAUCACCCGACAGUGGAUAUCACCUCCUAAAUGAUUAUCCUCAGGUGACCUCAUUUACUGGCCCUGUAAGCCCUGAAGCCUGCUCAUCGCUUAGUUCCUUUUCAUCAAAAGAUCGUACAAGAGUCCUGUCCUUCAGUGAGGAUACACGAUCGUCAACACCUGAGGUCACAGAUGAUGAAGUACAGAUGGUGCAGCCAUGGGAGCCAAGGAUAUUUCCCUUAUCAGCUGAGGACUUGGAGGCAUUGAAAGGACAUUGCAAUUCCCAGAGAGAAAACCGCUGUGAACGAUCUAGAGACCUACACUGGCUUUCAGCUAGCAAGCCGGGUGUGAGGACUGAAGCUGCUGAAUGUGCUCCUUCAUUGUCAGCGGGUCCUAGUGGACCCCCAUUUUUACAAGAUGACGAUAGUUCAAACUUGAAAUUGACUCUGGCAAUAGAGAAUGAUCGAAGUAUGGUUAGGUGAAGAUGAUGCACCAGUAACUUAACAACCAGGCGUGCAUAGCUGACACAUCUUGUAUAUACAUGCCGUAUCUAUAUAUAAAUAUAUAUAAUACAUGUGUACACACAGUUGCACACACAUGCACACACACAAAUAUAUAUAUAUAUAUAUAGUGUAUAUACAUAUACGUAUAUAUGAUAUAUAGUGUAUAUACAGAUAUAUAUAGUAUAUAUGCAUAUGUGAUAUAUGGUAUAUAUACAUAUAUAUAGAGAGAGAAAAAAAAACCGUUAUUUUGUUUUUAAUGUUUGAUAUUCAAACAUCUAUUUUUGAGAGAAUGCGUAUAUAACUUCUUUUCAGUGGGCUUUUUUUCCAUUUCUUUUCAAAUUGAUGUACUGUAAAUUGUACCAUGGAGGGUUGGGGGGUUAGGGCCAGGGAAAUGGUCACAAGUGUAAAGAAUAUAAGGUCCUGUAUGUUAGAGUGAUGUCAGUCUGUGCCAAUUAAGCAGGAAGAGAGAGUUUUAGAGAGUGAAAACAAAGCUAUUUAAAACAAAAAAAAAUGGGAGUGGGAUGGGGACAGGAUUCCUCCCUGGAAAGAGUAGAAAUAGUUUCUCCUGUUGCAGUAAAUCCUUGGGCUUGUCUUCAUUAACACUGCUGAAUUCUAGAAUACUUGUGCUGUUGUAUAGCAUGCCCGAGGAGCGGUCGACUGACUGUACUUGCCCUAUAUUAAAUUACUACAGUUCUUGUUUA